AUGGCUAGUAUACGGCUCGUACUACCUGGCCUGCUGGCGCUCCUGCCAUAUUGCUCGGCUCAAUAUACCGACUUCUCGAUCCCAUCAACAUAUACCAGUUGGGACAAUGAAGCCUGGGAAUUGAGCACGAGCAGUUUGAUACAGGGCCAAUACCAGUCUCGUGCACCAAUGGGCAAUGGAUACAUUGGCUGCGCUCUUGCAGCUGCUGGACCUUUCUUUGAGGCGGACGUCAAUUUAACAAAUCCAGAUGGCGGAAACCUGCCCAUCAAUGGCUGGCCUCUGGACAAUCCCAGACAAACCUUCUGCACUGUGUCCGGGUUCUUCAACUCUCAGAAAAAUACUAGUAGAACCAACUUUGCUGAGCUACUCGAGAAGGGUGGAGAAAGUGUUAUUGCCGGCAUUCCGAAUUGGCCAAACCUCAUUCUCCAAGUGGAUGGUGCUACCCUGAAUGCAUCGGUGGACAGUUCUACCAUUUCCGACUUCAAAUCCACCAGAUCUCUGAAGGAUGGACUCCAGACGUGGAACUACACUUGGACACCGAGCCCAAACACCAGCUUGUCCGUCUCUUAUGAAAUGUUCAUGGACAGAUCUCAGCCCAAUGUCGCCGCUGUACGACUAUCGGUAACAUCUUCGUCAUCUGUCAAUGCCACCGUUACAGACUUGAUUGAUGGGAGAGGCGCUGUUCGAUCUGAUCCCCACGCCACGGGCGCGCUGGACAACUCGAGCACAAUAUACUCUGCGGUAUCACCGCAUUGGCUAGGAAAUAUCACUGCAUGGAUCUUCUCGACCGUGGAUCUGGACCUUUCGGCCCGGUUGAAUGCUUCUGACAGCUUUUACCUACCGACAAAUGAUAGCACAUACGGACAAUCUUGGAGCAUCGCCCUAAACGCCGGCUCUGCUGUAACCGUCUCGAAGUACAUUGGUAUCGCCUCAUCCGAUGGCUUCAGCGACCCUGAGUCUAUUGCUCGAGACGCAUCCUUGGAAGCUUCCGAAGCCGGCUUCGAUGAACUGUUCAGGGGCAGCUCCCAAGCAUGGGCCGAUAUACUUACUGACGACAUGGUUGAUGAUUAUACUCUUCCCGAUGGCUCGCUUCCAGAUGACCAGAAUGUGAUCGACAUGCAGAUCAUCUCGAAAGCCAAUGCUCAUUAUCUCCUUCAGAACUUGCUUCCUGAAGACGGAUCCGAUUUGAACCACUGGUCUAUCAGCGUUGGAGGACUGGGUUCUGACUCUUAUGCCGGACUUGUCUUUUGGGACGCAGAUGUGUUCAUGUCGCCUGGCAUUGCCGUCUCACACCCCAAGUAUGCGGCUCAGAUCCCCAAGUACCGUGUGAUGCUGGCACCGCAAGCGGCGAUCAACGCUCAAGAAAAUGACUUCUCAAGCGAGGCUAUAAUUUAUCCUUGGACCAGCGGGCGUUUUGGCAACUGCACCGGCACUGGACCUUGCGUUGAUUACCAGUAUCACUUGAACAGUGAUAUCUUCCUGAAUAACCUGCUUUACUGGAGAGUCACUGGAGAUGACAGCUGGUUUAAAAGUCAAACUAUUCCAGUCAAUGAUGCAAUUGUGCAGAUGUUCUCCGAGUUAGUCGAAUACAACCAGACUGUCGGCGGCUACUCGAUCUCCAAUCUUACUGAUCCAGAUGAAUACGCAAACCAGGUCCCUGACGGUGCUUUCACGCUGGCUUCAAUUGCCAAAAUUAUCGAGUGGGCUCAGGGUUACUCGGAAGAGUUCUCGCUAGACGUCGAAGCAAACUGGUCGUCAAUCGCAGGAAAUGUGGCUUUGCCUUUUGCACCGUCAGGUUUGUUGACCGAGUUCCGCGGUGCAAACAACACAGCAGUCAUCAAGCAAGACGAUGUUGAUUUGAUCAACUAUCCUCUGGAUUACAGCUCCGAAAACUAUACCAGGGAAGACAAGCUCGCCUCGCUCGACUACUAUGCUGUAAAGCAGUCCCCUGAUGGACCUGCAAUGACGUACAGUCUCUACUCGAUAUCGGCUAACGCGCUCUCUCCAUCCGGCUGUUCCUCGUUCACAUACGCAUUGAACGGAUUCAAAGCAUAUGCGCGUGCGCCUUGGUACCAGUUCUCGGAACAGCAGGUCGAUAACUUCACCACCAACGGAGGCACGAACCCAGCGUUCCCUUUCAUGACUGGAGCUGGUGGCUGGCAUCAGGUCGGACCUAUGGGCUGGCUCGGCGCUCGAGUCGUGGAAGAGCAACUUAUCCUUCAGCCAGCUCUACCGCCUCAGAUCCCUUAUGUCAGUCUCCGCACGGUAAUCUUCGGCGGAGCAGGCAUCAAGGCAACGAUGAAUCAUACACACACAAACCUGACUCGCAUGGAUGUGUCCACUUACUUGCCUCCUAACAGCACCGACAUCUAUGGUAACCAGUCAAUGCCAAUUACCAUCGGAUUUUCGCUACAAGACGGUCGUAAUAUCAGCAUAGCACUUGGCGAAACAGUGACGGUUGACAAUCGCGUCUACUUCGACAAUCUUACAGCGGCAGGAAACCUCGUUCAGUGCUUGCCAGUGUCUUCAGAAGGAGAAUAUCAGCCAGGUCAAUUCCCCCUCGCAGCAGUUGACGGAGCAGCCAGCACUCGUUGGCAGCCCAGCAGCCCCGAACCUGCAUCUUUGACAAUCGACAUGCAGGAUGUAGAGUACCAGCCAUUGACUGGUGUAUCAUUUGACUGGGGCAGAAGGCCGGCCACAGGAGCUCGCGUUUUGGUGUACAACUCCACGAGCGGAUCCAACUCCAGUUCGACAGAGAUCCACACGGCAGCGUUCUCGGACAUCGAAAUCUCAAUGCCUUAUGAUGCUGCUACCAAUGAUGUUGUUCAGGAGUACCAAGGCAACAUGUCUUACUUCACUUUCUCGACUCCCAUCUGGUCAGGACAGUACAUCACGCUCGAAAUCAGUGGUUGUCAGGCGACAGGAGAUGAGUUUGGCGCCACGGUAGCCGAGUUCAACCUCUUCGGCGCUAAUGGUACCAGCGUGGUCGGAAGUGGUACUUCUAACGGAACGCUGUCGAAUGCGACCACAGCCACGGUUACACCUAGCUCAACAAGGGGAGCAGUGAGCUCGCUAGCAACAGCAUCCAUCACAGCCACGAGAACACCAAGCUCACCAUCCUUGAUGGCAUCGAAUACUGGCUUCAAGACUGUGAGCAGUCCAGAGGCCUGGUCGUUGUUCAUGGGCAUGGUGGUUGCGAUGGUCCUGCUCUGA